AUGGACGGCGAGGAUAACCUGUGCGGCACUGUCGACAAUGCCGCUACCAGCGCCGGUACUGGCAGACGCGUCGGUACCACCGCUACCAGUGGCAGCAGCGCGAGCAACAACGACGGCGACGAACUGACGGUGGUACCACCGGUAAAAAGGCUCGAUCAAGACAACGACGCCGACUCGCUGCAAACCGAAGGCCAGAAGCCGGAGUCGGAGCUCGGAACGAAGGAUAAGGCAGCCAAGGGUUCCAAGGCUAAAGGUGGCGCGUCGAAGCGCACCGCAAGAAAAGAUCAUGUUGCCAAGGGUCGCUUCUCCAACGGUCACCGAACGAAGGGUUCCGCAACGACAGAGCUCGUAACCAAACGUUCUACAACCAAGGGUCCCGCGGCUAAGGCCACCAGAAGCAAGGUCCACGCGACCGAGCAAAUUCCUAAACGGGGUCACAAUACAGUCGCGGGGCCAACGCCCCAAGUCCCGACAGCAUCAGAGCGCCCGGUGCGAACUCCGCCCACGCUCCUGUGCGCCUACGGCAACUGGACGAGCGUGGACACGUCGUUCCCAGAGGACGGCCUGUGUGACUACGCCUUUUUCGACGCCCUCUACCGCGGUCACCAGCGGGAUUCCGACGUGGCUCGGCUGGGAAGGCCUAGCGCCGCGCUGCGCCAUUUCCUGGCCGGAACUCGCCGCUACAGGCGCACACAGAUCGGGGUGGCGACGAGCUACAAAGGGUUGAGAUUGGCGACCAAAGAUAUGGAGUCCUCGCAUGCCACGUCGGACAUGCGCGCGCUGUGGAAGAAUGGAGUGCGUCAUUUGGGCGUCCUGGACUUCAUACCUGGUGCCGACACGACCGAGGCGGCCGUGGAACGCUUGUUCAAGCUCCUUCAGCUGUGCCGACAGCUUCUAGAUAACGUCAUUCCCAAUACUGCGCUCCCGAAAGCCUCGCUGGCUCUAGGAAUGACCUUUAUGUCGAGCAACAAGCGUCAAGUGUACGCCAACGUCGAGAAGCACCUCCGGUCGGGCUGGUCUCCGAGCCGGCACAAGAUCGACCUGGUCGUGUUACGGACUCACCUGUCGGGCAGGGACGACACCGAUCCUUCGUGCACCGUCACCGGAUCCAGCGUGUGGGGCCGCACGCUGGCCGACUACCAGCCCAGCAUGAUAGACACCCUGGACUACGUGGAGAAGAAGCUGAAGCCACUGUCGUCCCAGUCACUCUUCUUCGUCUCCAUGUCGGCAGCGGUUCGUCGUUACGUCCCGAUAGGCCAGGAUAACAAGGCGAAGAGCUUCGGACUGGGCACCCGUUGCAAGGCUUACGAUGAGUCCGACUACGCACGGGAGGUCGACAACUUCGCCUUGGUAUGUGGCGACAAGGAAUACGCAGCGCACAUCGUGCGCGACGAGGCGCAUGAGACGAUGCAUUCCUUCCGACUCAGUCCUCGCUCAGCUGUGACCUUCGACAGCGAGGACACGAUAUUUGCUAAGAUGUGCAAGGCCCGCAAAAUGGUGGCCUCCGUGCCCUACGGACUGGCCCUGUUCGAUGCGGAGUUCGACGAUACUUCGAACGAGUGCUCCAGCAGGAACAAGUUCGGCAACUUCACCCUGGUUCGGGCGGCACGCCGAGCCGUCGAUUACGUCUACGGUCCGGCGUUCAGCAAUACUUCCCAAUGCUCUCGCGUACAAUAGAAGAAAUACACGCAUACGAUUA